UCCCCUCUCCGUCAGAGGAGUACUAGGCACAACCACCGCCGAACACCCUCCGCCGCCGCCGUCGUCUCCUUUUCGCAGCGACAGCAACCACAUGGCGGCCGCCGCCUCCUCGCUCCUCGCUGCUGCCUCCGCCUCCACCUCCCGCGCGGCUAUCUCCACUCGCCGCCCCCGCGCAGCUCCGGCCGCGGCCUCCACCCCCUCCUCGUCUCGCUCCUCCUGCCCUCCGCUCCGCGCUUCAUCCGCUAGGUCCCGUCGGGGCCGAUUCUUCAUCGCUGCGGCUGCUCCCACGAUGCAGCCGCCGGCGGUGUCCCGGGUCUCCGCGGUGGUCGACGUCGACCUCGGCGACCGGAGCUACCCGAUCUACAUCGGCCCCGGCCUCCUCGACGAGCCCGACCUGCUGCAGAGGCAUGUGAUCGGGAAGAGGGUUCUGGUGGUGACCAACACCACCGUCGCGCCACUCUACUUGGAGAAAGUGACCUGGGCACUCACGCACGACAAUCCGAAUGUGUCAGUGGAGAGCGUGAUCCUACCUGAUGGCGAGAAGUACAAGGACAUGGACACGCUGAUGAAGGUUUUUGACAAGGCGGUGGAGUCCCGGCUGGACCGCAGAUGCACAUUUGUUGCGUUAGGGGGUGGUGUCAUUGGGGACAUGUGUGGGUUUGCGGCUGCUGCAUUCCUCCGUGGUGUCAAUUUCAUACAGAUACCCACGACUCUGAUGUCCCAGGUGGAUUCGUCUGUUGGAGGAAAAACAGGGAUUAACCAUCCAUUGGGAAAGAACUUAAUCGGGGCAUUCUACCAGCCACAGUGCGUACUGAUAGACACAGAAACACUGAAUACACUGCCUGACAGGGAGCUGGCUUCAGGCAUUGGUGAGGUGGUGAAGUAUGGGCUCAUAAGAGAUGCACCUUUCUUUGAGUGGCAAGAGAAGAAUAUGGCAGCAUUGUUAGCAAGAGAACCAAGUGCCCUGACCUAUGCUAUAAAGAGAUCGUGUGAAAACAAAGCUGAAGUGGUUGCCCAGGAUGAGAAGGAAAGUGGUCUCCGAGCAACACUAAACCUGGGUCAUACAUUUGGUCAUGCUAUAGAAACAGGGCUUGGCUAUGGAGAGUGGCUCCACGGGGAGGCUGUUGCAGCUGGAACAGUUAUGGCAGCCGACAUGUCUUACCGGCUGGGCUGGAUAGAUGAGCCCCUCAAAAGACGGAUAUUUGACAUACUAGAGCAAGCCAAGCUUCCUGUUGCACCACCAAAGGGCAUGACAGUGGAGAAGUUCAAAAAGAUUAUGGCUGUCGACAAGAAGGUUGCUGAUGGUUUGCUGAGGCUCAUCCUUCUGAAAGGACCUCUGGGAGGCUGUGUUUUUACUGGCGAUUAUGACAGAAAAGCCCUUGAUGAAACCCUCCGUGCAUUCUGCGAUAACUGAUCCUUCUCAGUUGGAUCUUCAGCACUUUUGUAUACUAAAUAGGCUGUAAUAUCAUAUCUUAUCAGAAACAGUGUGCAUUGUAUGAUAUCCUUGUUGUUAUUCUUUUUGUCGAAAAUAACGGAAUCUGGUUAGGGGCUUGUAGGGCAUCUCCGUAGCUGAUCAAUUUUGAUCAGUUGUUUUGAAUAACGGAGUUUGUUUCUAGUAUAUCGCCGUUAGCGAUUCCUGACGGCUUUACUUCUAUUGUAAUAAAGCUUAUAAGAUAUUAUAAAGAUAGUGUUGUUGCAUGACAAAGUGUACAAUAUGUGUGUCCUAGCUGUUCAAUAACAAGUGUAUA